AUGUCACACUAUAACCAAAAUGAGAUAAGGCAUUUGUCCAAUGUUGACGAGGAUUCAAUGCCUCCCUUAACGGUCUCGCCGUCAACAGACAGGUCUAACGAAGAAUCAGAUCCCACUUCUGGUACCAGCGACGCUUGGACAUGGUUUCAUACAGCUUGUAAGGAUUUGGCGAAAGCUCAAAAUGAUCUAGACAAACUACAGCCGUACUCUCUCACGAAAUCGAUCAGCUCGGCUGGACGUUUCACUUCAAAAGCGGCAAUGGAGACUCAGAAACGAGUGGACUCAGCGUUGAAAACAGCUCAAGACCGCUCUCGCCUUUGGCUUGGAAAAACCAAGUCAGACUUAGUCGUCGGAUUGGAAGCCGGAUUGAGCUUUUCACUGAAGGAGGAGGAGCCCUGCAGAGAACAGUUGCUCUCAUUGGUCUACAAUGCUUCUGGUUGGUUUAUCAGUGAUGAAUUUCAGUAA